UUGCCAGGAUGCACCAUAGGCAGCUCCAGAGUAGAAAGCCUCACGAAGGGAGAAUGACAUCUCUUCUGCUUCUAGUUCUCAAGGCGUUCGUCAUAUUAAUUUAUUCAUAUUUGGAAGAAGUGGUGAAACUCUUCAUUCCCAAGAGGAGAAAAUCUAUCUACGGAGAGAUUGUUCUGAUCACUGGGGCUGCCCGUGGACUCAGCAGAGCAACUGCCUAUGAGUUUGCCAAACACCAAAGCAAGAUGGUCCUUUGGGAUAUCAACAAGGAAGGCGUUGAGAACACUGCUGAGGAAUGCAGAAAGCUGGGUGCCAUUGCACAUGCGUUUGUGGUGGACUGCAAGAACAGGCUGGAAAUCUAUAGUGCUGCAGAUAAGGUCAAAAGAGAUGUUGGAGACGUGAGCAUCUUGAUAAAUACUGCAGAAGCUAUAAAAAUAGCAGUACUAUCGUCAAACAAGGAUGAGCAGAUCCAGAACAUGUUUGAUGUCAACAUUCUUGCUAAUUUCUGGGUAAUCCUAUUAUUUGUUAAAUUUCUAUUGUGCCUGUCCUCCCAAAGGAAGAAGUGAUAAUAGUGAUGAGUAUCUGAAAGUUUGAAUCAUAAUAUAAAAAUUACAAACAGGGCCAGCACUGGGUGUGAUUGGGCCCCUGGGCACCAGCCUGCCUGGGCCCAUAGUGCCAUUUGCCCCAACACCCCCUCCUGAUACAGGCAGCCCAUCUGCCCUAUCUACAUCUGAUAUCAGUGUGCUCGCAUGCCUGCAAUCACCAAAAAUGGUGGCAGAGGCAUCAACCCUUAGGAACACCCCUGCCACCAUCUUGGGUGAUGGCAGGCAUGCUCAUGCUUUGCAUGGGGUGCACACACUGAUGCACUAAUGCAACAGAUAGGUGAGGCAGGUGGAGUUAUUGAAGCCCACGUCCCUUGUGUUGGGGGCGUGCCUGGGAGCUCCUGCUCUGUGAUCUGCAGUUCUGGGACAACUGGCAGUUGCCUAAGGAUGCUGAUGAUGCUGGGCCUAUGAGUUUGGAUAACCUCCACCCUCUGAGCUCCUCUGGGCUGCAGGGGCCCUUGUCCAGGGCACAACCUGGCCACACGCUGAUGCUGGGCCUAAUUACAAAUGCUGUGCUGUAAAUUCAGGAGGUAGACAGAAGUAUGCACAAACUAUAGUUUAAUGUUGAACAAGCAGUGCUCCUGCAGUGCUUUUCCCUAGAUCCAGUGCCAGCAGGUGGCCAGGUCAGGCAAUGGCUGAUGGCCCCUGUGGCUGGCUGAGGGCAGAGUUCCUGCUCCACAAUCUCAGCCAGCACUGGGUCAUGGGGCCCUACUAGAUGGUGACACAGAUAGCAGAGCAAAAGUUCCAGCACCUCCACAAGCAUGUUCCAGCUGAUGUGGACUUAAAUAUGCCUCGUUGUGCCACUUCUUGUGUUGUCACAUGCCUGCCAUCACCCAAGAUGGCA